AGUUGACGUUUUGGAAAAUUUACAUAUGGAUUUUACAUUGGCUAGGAGUACACAGGUUUGUUGGCCGGCGUGGACGUGUCCAGAAAAUUUUCUGCGACAAUGCCACCAAUUUUGUCGGUGCUUCCCGAAUGCUGCAGGAGUUCAGGGACCAUUUCAUUGCCAACCAGGAUGCCAUAACAGAGUUCGCAGCCACGCGUGGGAUCACCUUCUCGUUCAUCCCGCCCCGAGCGCCCCAUUUUGGCGGCCUAUGGGAGGCGGCCGUGAAAUCAGCAAAGGGAUUAAUGGUCAAGGCCGUGGGCAGCGCAGUGCUCCGACAGGACGAGUUGAACACCGUCUUGGUAGAAGUCGAAGCCAUUCUCAAUUCGAGGCCCAUCGUCGUGGACAGCUCCAACCCAAACGACGGCGAAGCAGUAACCCCAGCUCAUCUGCUGGUCGGAACAACGCUCGUUGCGCUGCCAUUCGUGUCAAGUCAGCCAGUAACAGACGACAAACUGAGCUACUUGAAGAGAUGGCAACUGAUAUCCGCCGUCAAGCAACGGUUUUGGGUAGACUGGCAAAAAGACUACGUCCUGAGCCUGCAACAACGACAGAAGUGGCUAAGCGAGAGCCACAAUAUACAAAUCGGAACAAUCGUCGUGGUCCACGAGGACAACAGUCCGCCUCAGCAGUGGCUAAUGGGAGUCAUCGAGGAGGUCAUCAAAGGCGAGGAUGGAAAAGUUCGCGUGGCGGUCGUCAGAACUAAAUCUGGCGUUUUUAAGCGAUCAAUACGUCGAUUAGCUCCUUUGCCUGUAAAUGAAUUUUGAAGCCUUGCAGCCGUUCAACGCGGCCGAUGUUAAGUCAUUUCAUGAAGUCCUACUAAUUAGAUAUAUAUUUAUAUGUAAUUAUAGUUAAACCAAUACUUUUAUGUUACGCUCGAAUUGAAGUACUACUCUUAAGCUAACAUUACGCUCUUUAAUAGUCGCUCACUUGCAUAUUGAAAUUCGCUCAUUCUCCAAUUAUCUAUUGUUAUCUAUGAUUUGCAUGCUUACAUAUACACGCGCAAUUAUGCCAGCGCUUAGCUUAAGAACAAAUAUGGAAAAUUAUAACGAUCACUUGA